GUCAACAUCAACCCGACCUGCGCGACCUUCACGUCAACAUCAACCCGACCUCCUUUCUGUGUGCACAACUUGCUUGCCCAGGUGUUUGCUCCUGGCUAAUUAUUACACCUGCACUGCAACAGCCGCUCUGCUCAGCACCUCAGCUUUGACUUUCACACGCUCUCAACAUGUUGGACAAGUGCUGCUUUCUGCUCUGUCUGCUGCCUUCACUGGCACAGCACCUCUGCACGCCAGGUGCGUCAGAUGGAUACAAAGUGCGACUCAGCAUCCAAACAGCUCUGGGAGAUGAUGCGUAUGUUUGGAACCCCAAUGAGAUGUUUCUGUUUCGAGCCACGCUGGCCUUUGCCAUGAGGAACCAUUUUGAUGGAGAAGACUUCCAAGUGUCCAACAUCCUGGUGUGUGAGGAAACACUCCGUGUGUCCUUCUGGUUUGUGGUCACGUUGCCUGGCAACACCUCCCACCUGCUGGAUAGAGACCAGGUGCAAAUGGCUGUCAGGAAGUCGAGGAGUCGCAUCAACAGUGCCUUCCUGCUGACGGACAGAACGCUAGAGUUUGUUGGCAUCGCGCCCACGCUGGCGGCGCCCGUGUUGCAAGACACGCCCCCCUGGCUCAUCGCCUUCGGGGUGGUGAUGGGCGCCGUGGGGGCCGCCUUCGUGGUCCUGCUCGCCUACUCCGCCGUGCAGAAAAGGCGAAACAAGAAGACCAAGACGGGGGAAACAGAAGACUUGGAAGACUUGGAGGACUUGGAGGACUUGGAGAAAAGUCCUGGAAACGGAAGCGCCGGGCAGGACGCGGGCGGCGUGUCCAACUCGUCCUUCUUGGAGGACGAGCGAGCCACAAAAAUGUGAUCCUGGACGUGACUCAAACAUUUUAUUUCCCCCCACUUUUCUCAUCCAAAAGUCAGAAUGCUAGCGAGCAUGCUAACGCUAGGAUGCUAACUUAUUGUUGCUAAUUUCACAGCCCGUAUACUUAGGAGUCAUAUAACUUGGUACGUGACACAUGCUAACUGUUAGCAUGCUAACUUUUUUUGUUCAUUUUGUCACCAGUUAUAAUAUGCUAACUGUUUUAGCCAAUUUUGUUGCCAUACACCUCACAGUCAAAUAAUUAGGUACAUGACAUAUGUUAACUGUUAGCAUGCUAACUAUUUUUUUUAACAAAUUUUGUCACCAGUUAUACUUUGACACUUCACAUAUGCUAACUGUUUUAGCCAAUUUUGUUGCCAUACACCUCACAGUCAAAUAAUUAGGUACAUGACAUAUGUUAACUGUUAGCAUGCUAACUAUUUUUUAUAUCAAAUUUUGUCAUCAGUUAUAAUUUGACACUUCACAUAUGCUAACUGCUUUAGUCAAUUUUGCUGCCGUACACCUCACAGUCAAAUAACUAGGUACAUGACAUAUGUUAACUGCUAGCAUGCUAACAUUUUUCAUUUUAAAAAUUUUGUCACCUCGCAUAAUUUAGUGCUUCACAUAUGCUAACUGUUUUAGCCAAUUUUGCUGCCAGUCAAAUAACUAGGUAAAUGACAUAUGUCAACUGUUAGCAUGCUAACUUAUUAUUAUUUUUUUUUUUUAACAAAUUUUGUCACUAGGUAUAAUUUAAUGCUUCACAUAUGCUAACUGUUUUAGCCAAUUUUGCUGCCGUACACCUCACAGUCAAAUAACUAGGUAUAUGACAUAUGUUAACUGCUAGCAUGCUAACAUUUUUCAUUUUAAAAUUUUUGUCACCACGCAUAAUUUAAUGCUUCACAUAUGCUAACUAAAUAAUUAGGUACAUGACAUAUGUUAACUGUUAGCAUGCUAACUAUUUUUUUAAACUAAUUUUGUCACCAGUUGUAAUUUGACACUUCACAUAUGCUAACUGCUUUAGUCAAUUUUGCUGCCGUACACCUCACAGUCAAAUAACUAGGUACAUGACAUAUGUUAACUGCUAGCAUGCUAACAUUUUUAAUUUUAAAAAUGUUGUCACCACGCAUAAUUUAACGCUUCACAUAUGCUAACUGUUUAAGCCAAUUAUGCUUCUGUACACCUCACAGUCAAAUAACUAGGUAUGAGACAUACGUUAACAGUUAGCAUGCUAUUUUUUUUUUAACAAAUUUUGUCACCAGGUAUAAUUUAAUGCUUCACAUAUGCUAACUGUUUUAGCCAAUUUUGCUGCCAUACACCUCACAGUCAAAUAAUUAGGUACAUGACAUAUGUUAACUGUUAGCAUGCUAACUAUUUUUUUUAACUAAUUUUGUCACAAGUUAUAAUUUGACACUUCACAUAUGCUAACUGCUUUAGUCAGUUUUGCUGCCGUACACCUCACAGUGAAAUAACUAGGUAUAUGACAUAUGUUAACUGCUAGCAUGCUAACAUUUUUCAUUUUAAAAAUGUUGUCACCACGCAUAAUUUAGUGCUUCACAUAUGCUAACUGUUUUAGCCAAUUUUGCUGCCAGUCAAAUAACUAGGUAAAUGACAUAUGUCAACUGUUAGCAUGCUAACUUAUUUAUUUUUUAUUUUUUUAACAAAUUUUGUCACCAGGUAUAAUUUAAUGCUUCACAUAUGCUAACUGUUUUAGCCAAUUUUGCUGCCGUACACCUCACAGUCAAAUAACUAGGUACAUGACAUAUGUUAACUGCUAGCAUGCUAACAUUUUUCAUUUUAAAAAUUUUGUCACCACGCAUAAUUUAGUGCUUCACAUAUGCUAACUGUUUAAGCCAAUUUUGCUUCUGUACACCUCAGAGUCAAAUAACUAGGUAUGAGACAUACGUUAACAGUUAGCAUGCUACCUUUUUUUUUUAACAAAUUUUGUCACCAGGUAUAAUUUAAUGCUUCACAUAUGCUAACUGUUUUAGCCAAUUUUGCUGCCAUACACCUCACAGUCAAAUAAUUAGGUACAUGACAUAUGUUAACUGUUAGCAUGCUAACUAUUUUUUUUAACUAAUUUUGAAACCAGUUAUAAUUUGACACUUCACAUAUGCUAACUGCUUUAGUCAAUUUUGCUGCCGUACACCUCACAGUCAAAUAACUAGGUACAUGACAUAUGUUAACUGCUAGCAUGCUAACAUUUUUCAUUUUAAAAAUUUUGUCACCACGCAUAAUUUAGUGCUUCACAUAUGCUAACUGUUUUAGCCAAUUUUGCUGCCAUACACCUCACAGUCAAAUAAUUAGGUACAUGACAUAUGUUAACUGUUAGCAUGCUAACUAUUUUUUUUAACUAAUUUUGAAACCAGUUAUAAUUUGACACUUCACAUAUGCUAACUGCUUUAGUCAAUUUUGCUGCCGUACACCUCACAGUCAAAUAACUAGGUACAUGACAUAUGUUAACUGCUAGCAUGCUAACAUUUUUCAUUUUAAAAAUUUUGUCACCACGCAUAAUUUAGUGCUUCACAUAUGCUAACUGUUUAAGCCAAUUUUGCUUCUGUACACCUCAGAGUCAAAUAACUAGGUAUGAGACAUACGUUAACAGUUAGCAUGCUACCUUUUUUUUUUAACAAAUUUUGUCACCAGGUAUAAUUUAAUGCUUCACAUAUGCUAACUGUUUUAGCCAAUUUUGCUGCCAUACACCUCACAGUCAAAUAAUUAGGUACAUGACAUAUGUUAACUGUUAGCAUGCUAACUAUUUUUUUUAACUAAUUUUGAAACCAGUUAUAAUUUGACACUUCACAUAUGCUAACUGCUUUAGUCAAUUUUGCUGCCGUACACCUCACAGUCAAAUAACUAGGUACAUGACAUAUGUUAACUGCUAGCAUGCUAACAUUUUUCAUUUUAAAAAUUUUGUCACCACGCAUAAUUUAGUGCUUCACAUAUGCUAACUGUUUAAGCCAAUUUUGCUUCUGUACACCUCAGAGUCAAAUAACUAGGUAUGAGACAUACGUUAACAGUUAGCAUGCUACCUUUUUUUUUUAACAAAUUUUGUCACCAGGUAUAAUUUAAUGCUUCACAUAUGCUAACUGUUUUAGCCAAUUUUGCUGCCAUACACCUCACAGUCAAAUAAUUAGGUACAUGACAUAUGUUAACUGUUAGCAUGCUAACUAUUUUUUUUAACUAAUUUUGAAACCAGUUAUAAUUUGACACUUCACAUAUGCUAACUGCUUUAGUCAAUUUUGCUGCCGUACACCUCACAGUCAAAUAACUAGGUACAUGACAUAUGUUAACUGCUAGCAUGCUAACAUUUUUCAUUUUAAAAAUUUUGUCACCACGCAUAAUUUAGUGCUUCACAUAUGCUAACUGUUUUAGACAAUUUUGCUGCCAGUCAAAUAACUAGGUAAAUGACAUAUGUCAACUGUUAGCAUGCUAACUUAUUUAUUUUUUAAACAAAUUUUGUCACCAGGUAUAAUUUAAUGCUUCACAUAUGCUAACUGUUUUAGCCAAUUUUGCUGCCGUACACCUCACAGUCAAAUAACUAGGUACAUGACAUAUGUUAACUGCUAGCAUGCUAACAUUUUUAAUUUUAAAAAAUUUUGUCACCACGCAUAAUUUAAUGCUUCACAUAUGCUAACUGUUUAAGCCAAUUUUUCUUCUGUACACCUCACAGUCAAAUAACUAGGUAUGAGACAUAUGUUAACAGUUAGCAUGCUAACUUUUUUUUUUAACCAAUUUUGUCACCAGUUAUAAUUUGAUGCUUCAAAUAUGCUAACUGCUUUAGUCAAUUUUGCUGACAUAAACCUCACAAUCAAAUAACUAGGUGCAUGACAUACAAUAACUGUUAGCAUGCUAACUAUUUUCAUAACAAAUUUUGUCAUCAGUUAUAAUUUGGUGCUUCACAUAUGCUAACUGUUUUAGCCAAUGUUGCUGCCAUACGCCCCAGAGUCAAAUAACUAGGUACAUGACAUAUGUUAACCGUUAGCAUGCUAACUUUUUUUUUUUUUUUUUACAAGUUUUGUCACCACGCAUAAUUUAGUGCUUCACAUAUGCUAACUGUUUUAGCCAAUUUUGCUGCCAGUCAAAUAACUAAGUCAUAAAACUUAGUAGUUGACACAUAAACUGUAAGCAUGUUUAUAUUAAUAUAGUAACAUGCUAAUAUUAGCGUGCUUACUUUUUUAGCCAAUUUUUCAGAUGUACACCUCAGAGACAAAUUCCUUGGUAGAUGACACUUAAGCUAAAAAAAACAAUGAUUCAGCUAUUUUUUCCCACUGUACAGCUCAUAGUCCAAUAAUUUGGUAUGUGAUAAAUGCUAACUAUUAAAACGUCAACUUUAGCAAGCUAACAUUAGCAUGUUAAUUUUUUUUUUGCCAGUUCGGCCGAUGUACACAUCAACUCAUAAAAAAUUGUACUUGACACAUAUGAACUGUUAGCAUGGUUACAACAACAUGCUAACAUUAGCGUGCAAAAAUUUUCAGCCGUACACCUCAGAGUUUCAGAGUCGUAUGCCUUGGUAACUAAAAGCAUGCUAGCUUUUUUUGUUAAUUUUGCUGCUGUACAUAAUUCAUAUAGUAAUAUAAUUUGGUACGUGAGACAUGCUACCUGUUAAAAUAUUAAUGUUAGCAUGCAAGCAUGCUGACAUUGGCAUGUUAAAUAUUUUAGACGGUUUUGCUGAUGUACACAUCGAGUCAUAAAACGUAGUACUUGACAUAUAUUAACCGUUAGCAUGUUACCAUUAACAUGAUAUCAUGCUAACAUUAGGGUGCCAACUUUUUCAGCCGUACACCUGUGAGUCAUAUGCCUUGGUAUGUGACACUUAGUAACUAUUAGCAUGCUAGCUUUUUUAGUUAAUGUUUCUGCCGUACAUAAUUCACAUGGUAAUAUAAUUUGGUUCGUGAGACAUGCUACCUGUUAGAAUGUUAACGUUAGCACUCCAUCAUGCUAAAAUUAGCAUGUUAAUUUUCUUAGCCAGUUUUGCCGAUGUACACAUCGAGUCAUAAAAGUUCGUACUUGACACAUAUGAACUGUUAGCAUGUUGACAUUAACAUGUUAAUAUUAGCAUGCUAACUUUUUCUGCCAAAUUUUCAGCCUUACACCUCAGUUAAAUGCCUUGAAACUUGACACUUAGUAAAAUUAGCAUGCUAAUAUUAGCAUGCUAGCUUUUUUAGUUAAUGUUGCCGCUGUACAUAAUUCAUAUAGUAAUUUGGCUCAUGACACACGCUACUUGUUAGAAUGCUAACGUUAGCACUCCAUCAUGCUAAAAUUAGCAUGUUAAUUUUCUUAGCCAGUUUUGCCGAUGUACACAUCGAGUCAUAAAAGUUAGUACUUGACACAUAUUUACUGCUAGCAUGUUGACACUGACAUGAUAACAUGCUAACAUUACACCUAUGCCUCGGUACGUGACAUUUAGUAACUAUUAGCAUGCUAGCUUUUUGAGUUAAUAUUGCCGCUGUACAUAAUUCAUUUGGUCAUAUAAUUUGGUGACACCUGCUGCCUGAUAGAAUGCUAACGUUAGCAUGCUAGCACACUAACAUUAGCAUGCACAUUUUUUUCCAGCCAGUUUUGCUAAUAUUAGCAUGUUAGCUUUUUUUUUAUUGUUAUUGUUCAAAUGAUGGUGAAAUAUAUCAUGUUUUGAAUUAAUUUUGUAGUAUAACGUGUAAAGAUUAAUUUAUGAUUGUUUAUCAAAAUCUAACUACAAAUGUCAACAUUGUGUACGUACUGAAAUAUUACUUGAUGAUUGUUUAUUGAAAUAAAACUCAAAAUGUCAACAUUG